CUGGGAACUGCGGCCGCGGGCUCGCGCUCCCGGCUGGGCCCUGUUCCCGGGCUGCCAUCCUUGCCCUGCCAUGUCUCGCCGGAAGCCUGCGUUGGGCGGCCUCGCUGCCUCCAGCCCAGUCCCUGCGAGGCAAGCUGUUUUGAGCCGAUUCUUCCAGUCUACGGGAAGCCUGAAAUCCACCUCCUCCCCCACGGGUGCAACCGAUCAGGUGGACCGUGACGCCGGAGCGCCCCCAGCGUCCACUUUCCCGCCCCAGCUGCCGCCGCUCGUGACUACAGAAAUUGACAGAAGAAAGAAGAGACCAUUGGAAAAUGAUGGGCCUGUUAAAAAGAAAGUAAAGAAAGCCCAACAGAAGGAAGGAGGAAGUGAUCUGGGAAUGUCUGGCAACUCUGAGCCAAAGAAAUGUCUGAGGACCAGGAAUGUUUUAAAGUCUCUGGAAAAAUUGAAAGAAUUCUGCUGCGAUUCUGCCCUUCCUCAAAGUAGAGUCCAGACAGAAUCUCUGCAGGAGAGAUUUGCAGUUCUGCCAAAAUGUACUGAUUUUGAUGAUAUCAGUCUUCUACGUGCAAAGAAUGCAGUUUCUUCUGAAGAUUCGAAAUGUCAAAUUAAACAAAAGGAUACAACACUUUUUGAUGUCAGUCAGUUUGGAUCAUCAAAUACAAGUCAUGAAAAUUUACAGAAAACUGCUUCUAAACCAGCUAACAAACGUUCCAAAAGCAUUUAUACGCCGCUAGAAUUACAAUAUAUAGAAAUGAAGCAGCAGCACAAAGAUGCAGUUUUGUGUGUGGAAUGUGGAUAUAAGUAUAGAUUCUUUGGGGAAGAUGCAGAGAUUGCAGCCCGAGAGCUCAAUAUUUAUUGCCAUUUAGAUCACAACUUUAUGACAGCAAGUAUACCUACUCACAGACUGUUUGUUCAUGUACGCCGCCUGGUGGCAAAAGGAUAUAAGGUGGGAGUUGUGAAGCAAACUGAAACUGCAGCAUUAAAGGCCAUUGGAGACAACAGAAGUUCACUCUUUUCCCGGAAAUUGACUGCCCUUUAUACAAAAUCUACACUCAUUGGAGAAGAUGUGAAUCCCCUAAUCAAGCUGGAUGAUGCUGUAAAUGUUGAUGAGAUAAUGACUGAUACUUCUACCAGCUAUCUUCUGUGCAUCUCUGAAAAUAAGGAAAAUGUUAGGGACAAAAAAAAGGGCAACGUUUUUAUUGGUAUUGUGGGAGUGCAGCCUGCCACAGGCGAGGUUGUGUUUGAUAGUUUCCAGGACUCUGCUUCUCGUUCAGAGCUAGAAACCCGGAUGUCAAACCUGCAGCCAGUAGAGCUGCUGCUUCCUUCGGCCUUGUCCGAGCAAACAGAGAUGCUGAUCCACAGAGCCACAUCUGUUAGUGUGCAGGAUGACAGAAUUCGAGUUGAAAGGAUGGAUAACAUUUAUUUUGAAUACAGCCAUGCUUUCCAGGCAGUUACAGAGUUUUAUGCAAAAGACACAGUUGACAUCAAAGGUUCUCAAAUUAUUUCUGGCAUUGUUAACUUAGAGAAGCCUGUGAUUUGCUCUUUGGCUGCCAUCAUAAAAUACCUCAAAGAAUUCAACUUGGAAAAAAUGCUCUCCAAACCUGAGAAUUUUAAACAGCUAUCAAGUAAAAUGGAAUUUAUGACAAUUAAUGGAACAACAUUAAGGAAUCUGGAAAUCCUACAGAAUCAGACUGAUAUGAAAACCAAAGGAAGUUUGCUGUGGGUUUUAGACCACACUAAAACUUCAUUUGGGAAACGGAAGUUAAAGAAGUGGGUGACCCAGCCACUCCUUAAAUUAAGGGAAAUAAAUGCCCGGCUUGAUGCUGUAUCUGAAGUUCUCCAUUCAGAAUCUAGUGUGUUUGGUCAGAUAGAAAAUCAUCUACGUAAAUUGCCCGACAUAGAGAGAGGACUCUGUAGCAUUUAUCACAAAAAAUGUUCUACCCAAGAGUUCUUCUUGAUUGUCAAAACUUUAUAUCACCUAAAGUCAGAAUUUCAAGCAAUAAUACCUGCUGUUAAUUCCCACGUUCAGUCAGACUUGCUCCGCACCGUUAUUUUAGAAAUUCCUGAACUCCUCAGUCCAGUGGAGCAUUACUUAAAGAUACUCAAUGAACAAGCUGCCAAAGUUGGGGAUAAAACUGAAUUAUUUAAAGACCUUUCUGACUUCCCUUUAAUAAAAAAGAGGAAGGAUGAAAUUCAAGGUGUUAGUGACAAGAUCCGAAUGCAUUUGCAAGAAAUACGAAAAAUACUAAAAAAUCCUUCUGCACAAUAUGUGACAGUAUCAGGACAGGAGUUUAUGAUCGAAAUAAAGAACUCUGCUGUAUCUUGUAUACCAACUGAUUGGGUAAAGGUUGGAAGCACAAAAGCUGUGAGCCGGUUUCACUCUCCUUUUGUUGUAGAAAAUUACAGACAUCUGAAUCAGCUCCGGGAGCAGCUAGUCCUUGACUGCAGUGCUGAAUGGCUUGAUUUUCUAGAGAAAUUCAGUGAACAUUAUCACUACUUGUGUAAAGCAGUGCAUCACCUAGCAACUGUUGACUGCAUUUUCUCCCUGGCCAAGGUCGCUAAGCAAGGAGAUUACUGCAGACCAACUGUACAAGAAGAAAGAAAAAUCAUAAUAAAAAGUGGAAGGCAUCCUGUGAUUGAUGUGUUGCUGGGAGAACAGGAUCAAUAUGUUCCCAAUAGUACAGAUUUAUCAGAGGACUCAGAGAGAGUAAUGAUAAUUACUGGACCAAACAUGGGUGGAAAGAGCUCCUACAUAAAACAAGUUGCAUUGAUUACCAUCAUGGCUCAGAUUGGCUCCUAUGUUCCUGCAGAAGAAGCGACAAUUGGGAUUGUGGAUGGCAUUUUCACAAGGUGCAGACCUGAGACAAACUGCAAAAGGCAUUGGACCAAGAUCAUUUUGUUGAUAUCCCUUUUUACUCUACGAACAUUACAUGCAACUAAGUCUUACUCUCAAUGUGUAAACCUAAAUUUUAUGCCAUGUUACGAAUAUGAGUGAAACAUCCUGGUUUCACUAAGGAGAAUUCACAGUUUAAUCUGUUUAACACCUUCUGAUUUAUCAGUUCUUAAAGCAUUGUGUAUAUGUCUUACAUGUACAUUUCUAAAAAGUAAAUACAGUCUCUGUGCAUAGUCAAGCUCUGUGUAUAGAGUGUCUGAGUUGUUGUCCAGCUACGUAUUUAUGUAAUAUUUGACUAUGGAAUCACAUCAGAAUAUAUCACAUGCUAAUAUUGAUAUUCUUGAGUAGACACUAAAAUGCUUUAAAACUUCAUUUUCCAUCUGAGAAUGAACAAAGUACCCUGAAUUCUGUUUGAUGCCGUGUCACCAAAUAGGUGUUAUUCUGAUCCCCAUAUACGUUUAACUCAAAAUAAGAAAUUUAAAGAGUCUUUCUUUAGUUCUUAAGGCUGUAAUUCAUUUUCUAUUUUAUAAGAGAAACAAACCAGGUAUUUUGUUUUGGUUACAGUAUUAAGGAAAGUAACAGAGAUAUUUAGUGAAGAAAAAAAAAGAGAAAAAAGAAAAAAAUUAUUGGUCAAUAUAAGGGGAUUUACCUGGAAGGGAAUCUUGUUACUGAGCGGAAUAUCAAGAUUGUUUGUAGAUACAAGUAAAAGAAGGGUUUAUUUUUGUCAUAUAAGGAGAAGGCUGGAGGUGGGUAGCUGCUUCUGGUGUUUCAGUGGCUUUGCCAUUUCACUGGCCUUUCCCUCGGAGUUAUAAGAUUGCUGCUGCAGCUCCAGGCAUCACAUUCCUAUUCACAUGAGGUAAAAAGGAGAUGGGACUGCCAUAGCUUUCCACACUGCCCCUCUGUUUGUUUUUGUUGUUGUUGUUGUUUUGUUUUGUUUUAGGACAUCAGUAGGUUUUUAGGAUCCUCCCAGAAAACUUACAUUUCAGUGACCAGAAGUAUGUCUCAUGGCCGUAGUUGCAAAGAAAACAGAAAAUAAGAACGUGGUUUUUGUCCAGCUUUUAAAUAGAGUUAAGCACAGUAAUUGGGAAUACAAUCAGUGGUAAUCAGAAAAUAGUUUCUGUCAUAGGGUGUGAAAUCAGUAAUAAUAGUAACAGCUAAACUUUAUGAUAUCUUUAUAUUAGUAUAAUAUUCUUAUCAAGGUACAGGCACUGUUAUGUGCACCUUAUAUAGAGUACUUUAUGUAAAGUACAUUCAGCGAGUACAUGUCUAAGCGUUCCAAACUAUGCUAAUUUCAAGAAAUUGGAGCAUUUAUUCAUUCAUCCAACAUGUACUAAAUGAAUACCUAACAUAUGGCAGUCACUGAGAAUACAAAGGAACCACAGUUUUUGAUUUCAUGAAAGCUACCUAGUGGAGAAAAUCAGCAUUAACCAAAUAAUCACAUGCAGAAAUGUGAAACUGCAGCUAUGACAAGUCUAUGAAGGCUAUAUGCAAGAUGCUGGGUUAGGCUGUGAUCCUGGGAUAUGACCUGGUUAGGGACGUCAGGGGAAGGCUUCCCUUAGCAAGUAACUUUUGAGUGCCUAUCUGAAGGAUGAGUGUAAGAAGGAAGGAAGAACAUUUCAGAGAGAUCAUGUGCAAAAGUCCUUUAGCAUAAAAAACGUAGACAAUGCGUGAAGGCUGGUCCUCCAGGAGAGUAAGAUUCUAGGUGAAGCAUAGCCAUGUUAGGAGUUUAUCCUAAGAGCCAUGGUAAACUGUUGAAGAAUUUUAACCAGGAUUUUGCAUGAUUAUGUCUGCAUUGGUUACACUGUAAAGAAUGUCUGGAGAAAAAACCAAGUAGAUCAGAGGAACCCAAAGAGCAGGCUCUUUUGGUGGUCCUGGUGAGAGGAUCAGUAGCUUGGAUUAAGUUUGUAGUGCUAGUUUAAGUGGAAAGGAGUCAUAUUUGAAAUAUAUUUGGGAAAUAAAUCACCAGGACUUGGUGAUAUAUGGGGGUAUGGCAGCUGAGAUACAUGGAGUUGUCAGAGAUGACAUUGAGUUUGUGCUUCUGAAUGGUAAAUGCUGGCAUUUGCUAGAAGAGGAUGAUGUUUUUUCAUAGAUUCUGACUUUAUCUUUGUAUAUAAUAAGUAGAAUUAUUCUGAGACAUUCAAAGGGAGCUAUUAUGUAGUAGGCAGUGGAUAUAAAGUUUAGAUUUCAGAGACAGAGAUCAAAGGUAAAGAUGUAAAUUUGUUGUGAGACAUUUUUGUGUACAUGAUUGGGUGUGGAUGAGAUCAUUUUGACAGAGAGUAUAGUGGAGAAGAUUAAUGUUCUGAGACUGAACCUUAAAACUGCCGAGAUUUCAUAGUUGAGUAAGAAGUUAAGAUUGAAAACCAACAAAAGAAGUGUAGCCAGAGAAGCAGGAGAAAAAACAGGACAUUAUAGUGUCACGGGAGCAAGGGAAAAGAGUGCUUCAAGAAGAAAAGAAGUGGUCAACAGUGCUGAAAGGUUAGGUGAGGUGAAACCUGAAAAGUCACCUUUGGUCUUAGCAAAAUAACUGUCACUAAUGACCUUAGCAGGAGCUGCUUUCGCGGAGUGGUGGGGCCACACUCCAGUUAAAAGAGAGCUAAAGAGUGAGUUAGAGGUCAGGAAGUAGAGGGCGUUAGUACAGGUGAUACUGCGAAGGCUGGCCAGGAAGAAGGCAGGAGAGAUCCAGUGAGGGGCUUGUUUUGUUUUUAAAUGGUAGACUUGAAUGUAUUUCAAUAGGAUAUCCAGUGGGAUAUGUUAUACCCAAGAAUUUAUGAUUCUAAAAAAAACAAAAAAUUAAUUGAUCACCUUUGGAGGAUCCUAGAAUGAAUCCUAAUGAUAUUUAAAAUAAAAAUAUCAUUAGUCACUUUGGAGGAUGAAAACUGAAAAAGAGAAAGAUCCAAGCAGGUAUCCUAUCUUUUCAAAUAGGUAACAGGGGGAAGUUUCUCUUUAUAGAAAUGUUCUAGCUAAUAAACAAAGCAGGAAUAAGAAUUAGAGUAUCACGCUUUUUGCAACCCCAAUGUGAUAACAGAUUUAAGUAAUAAUCAGAAAUGGCUGCUAAUAUCACCAAAGAACAGUCAGUCAGACAUUAGGUAAAAGUUUGUGACAACUUAUGAUGUCUUCUGGGCCAAAAAAAUCAAACCGAAUAGUCAGGCGCAGUGGCUCAGGCU